CGUCGUCAGCGCCGCUGGUCAGGCCGUAUACCUUUCUUCGAUACCUACAAAAUCUACGGCUGAACGACCGCGAUGGAUUUUGUCUUACGCCUCGCCGACGACUAUGUGCUCGACAAGGUCUGGGCAGCCGUCUUGCCCAGCUCUACUUUCUCUGCAGACUCGCAGGCGGUCGUGAACGCGACGAGCUACCUGCCAGUCGCCGGAUCAUCCUCAUCGUGGUCGCAUAUGGUCUCUUUCAUUCCCCAGUCGUUAGCCAUUUCACAAACGGAAUCGGCCUGGCCACGAGAUUACAUUCCUCGGCAGCUCAUUUCCCUGCUUGUAAUAACCCUGAUCGGCAUCCACCUGCUCUAUUUUAUCAUCGCGGGCUUGUCGUAUCAGUUCAUAUUCAACCAUGAAAUGAUGAAGCACCCGCGCUUCCUGAAGAACCAGGUCCGCCAGGAGAUCAUGUCCAGCCUGCGUGCCUUCCCCGGUAUGACGCUUCUCACGAUACCCUGGUUCCAAGCGGAGGUCAUGGGCUAUUCCUUGCUGUAUGAUGACGUGAGAGACUAUGGGUGGACGUAUUUCUUUGCCUCGAUCGCGCUGUUCCUCCUCUUCACGGACUACGGCAUCUACUGGGUGCACCGUCUCCUGCACCACCCCCUCGUCUACAAGCACGUCCACAAGCCGCACCACAAGUGGAUUAUCCCUACCCCAUUCGCCUCGCACGCCUUCCACUUCCUCGACGGGUACCUCCAAUCUGUCCCGUACCACCUCUUCAUCUUCAUCUUCCCUCUCCACCGCCUCCUCUAUCUUGGACUCUUCGUCGUCGUCAAUAUCUGGAGUAUUCUUAUUCAUGACUCGGACAUGAUCACUGGCCACCCGCUGGAGACGAUCAUCAACGGACCCGCACAUCAUACGCUGCACCAUCUAUACUUUACAGUUAACUAUGGCCAGUACUUCACAUGGGCCGAUCGCUGGGGAGGCUCGUACCGGCAACCCGAGUCAAGCCUUGACCCGCUGCUAGAGAUCAAGGAGCAUCACGAGAAGAAGGCAGAAUAGACGGUUCAUCUGGGGAUCGGAAGGGGUGCUGAUGCUGAAAUUUAUGAUAUAGAGGAUUAAUGAUUUAUCGGGAUGAAUACUGAUGUGUAUAGCUAACUGUUAUUUGCUAUCGAACGUAAUGGAUGCUGUGUGCAGUAUUUGCUCUUG